CUAAAAACUAAUAUUUGACCAGUUGAUCCCCAAAUGUUUUGCAUGCAUCUGGCCCUUUAAGAGCCAAGCGUUAGUAUUUAUUUCCGGGUGAAAAGGCAUCAACAUGGACCCUGGAGAAGUUCUCGCCUCUCUGGGGGUGGAAGGGGCAGCAGCCGCAGCACACGCACUCUCUCUCCCCGCUGAGGCUUACGGAAACGAUGCGCAGUUGGAGGUGAUGUGGGCGAUGAAGGCCUACAAUCAUGCAGAAGUUUACUUCAAUCUCAUUUCUUCCGUGGACCCGAAAUAUCUGAAACUCACAAAAACAGACGACAUGAUCCAUACUAAGUUUAGGGAAGACUUUCCAGACUUCGAUGUCAAGGUUCUGGAUCCGGAACUGCUCAAGUCGGCAGAAGCGAAAGAGAAAUGGAGGCCUUUUUGUAACCACUUUGAAAACCUGGUUGAAGACUUUAACUACGGUACGCUACUGCGUCUAGACUGCGAGAAGGAUUACACAGAGGAGAACACCAUAUUCGCCACCAGAAUCCAGUUCUUUGCCAUCGAGAUCACGAGAAAUCGAGAAGGUUACAACAACACCGUGCACGAUGCAGGCACGAAGGCCAAAAAGCAAACAAAAGAGCAGAGUUAACACCCACAGCAUCACACAUUGCUUAUGUUGCUAAUCUGACAUUCUUACUGUCUACUUGAUUCAUUUCACAUAACAGGAAAGUACAGUCUGUUGCCCAAGUGAAGAGAAACUGAAGCUAAAUCCCUCAGUACAUUUAAGUAUUUAAACACAUUAGUUGUCUGUCAUUAAAAGGUCUCCGUAUUUUUUUUUAUGAGAAAUGUACAUUUUUCCUCAUGUAUAAUCACAUUGAGCUGCAUUUACAUGGUAAAUGUGUAUUAAACAGGAAAGUAUACAGUCUCUUUAUCUGGAAUAGUCUGGAGUUGGUUUUAAUAUUUCACAUAUGAAAUAUUAUCAUUCAUGUAGCGAUCUAAGUUAAAAUUACAGUAUAUAACUUUGAAGCUGACUAUGUGCUCAGAUUUAAGAAAAGAUCUUGUGUACCAUUUACAUAAAAUUAGUUUAUGCGAAAGUUACAUGAUUUUGCUGCUGAAAAUAAAUAUAAUUAAAAACA